AUGACUUUAGCAAAUAAUUUGCUGCUAUUACUAACUACUUUACAAACAAUGUCUUUGUUCUUUGAACACAACAAGCAUAGCAAGAUUAGCAUCAUAUCAUUUAUCAAUCAUGGUAGUGCCAAACGUAGCACAGGGUCUGGGAUCUAUGGGGUGUUGGAUGAUCGAGCUCAUAAAGAAAAGAUGGCUUCAAGUUCGGCAGAAGUUCCGUAUAACCAUCCUACUGAAAAUGUUUUGUUUGGGCAAAAUGUCAUCGAGAAAAUAUCUGACACUUGCCUCGGUCAGGAUGGCAAAAGAUAUUAUCAAGUGAAAUGGCGGGAUUCGUGGGAACCAGAAGAAAGAUUAAUGGCAGCUUGUGAAAGUGCAUUGCAAGCAUUUUGGAAGGAAUACUAUGCCAAUGUCGAGAAGGAGAUAAGAAAACAAGUUGUCAGUGCUUCACAGACAAUUAACAUGUCUCCUGCAAAAGAUGUUACUGUCUCUGUUCCAACUCCACAGCCUCUGCAAGGAACCGAAGAGGAGGUGCAACUGCCUCCUCCUUCACAAGCAGUUUCUGUUGAUGUUUCUUCUGUACAAGUCACAAUAGCCCCGAAUGUGGUGGAAAGUUUUCCUGAGCAGUCCUCCACAGUGGCUUAUUACGCAGUGCAGGAUAACGAAAAUAAUACUGAUCACAAUGCAGAAAUAGAUGCCACGAAAAAUGCUAACCAAUCAGAAGAAAUCAAUGCUCAAGCUGAAAUCCUGACCCAAAUUAUAAAUGCUGCCCCGGGUAUAACAGCCACAAAGUGGACGGAUGAAGAGAAGGCUGGUGCGAACAGAAGAACGCUAACAACGAUAACUGCUGAUACUCUCAACACGAAGAAUGUUGCUGGGCCCGAUUCUAACUCAAAAUUUCAUUGCGAUAUCUGUCUGAAGUCUUUUGUUUCCAAAAGAAAUGUUCAGAGACACAUGUUAUCACAUACUGGUGAAAAGCCGUGGAUGUGCGAAUUUUGCUUUAAAAGAUUUCGCCAAAAGCCGCAUUUAGAACAGCACGUCAAUAUACACAAAGGUAUAAAAAAUGCUGUUUGUUCUGUUUGUGGGAAAGCGUUCAACCAUCGUUCGAAUCUUGUCACACAUAUGGCAACGCAUUCGAAUGUUCGUCCACAUACAUGCGAAGUUUGUGGCGAAAACUUUAAGCUUAAACACACCUUAGCGAAACACAUGAUGGUACAUACGAAACAAGAUAUCGAUAAACGUCAUCAAUGCAAAGUUUGUAAGCGAAGCUUCCGAGAUAAAUCAUACCUGGCAGAACACGAGACGAUCCACAACAAAGAGAAACCAUGGCAGUGUGACAUAUGCAUGAAGUCGUUCUCAUUCAAACGUCGUUAUCAAAUGCACUUAGAAGUCCACCAGAGCAAAGAUGGUGGCGACGAGUUUGUCUGUCAUUUCUGUCCUAAAAAAUUCAAGUCGAAAAUAUACCUGCAAAAACAUCUAGAGCGUCAUGAAAAUAAGAGGAAGAAGAAGAAAAAGAAGAAGAGAGGAAAGGAUGGCGAAGGAAAUAAUGGAGAAGGUGGUGAAGACGAUGCUGGAGAUAAUGAAUCUGCAGGAGAUAACACACUUGAUGAUGACGUCGAUAUAAGUAUGUCUGAAGUUGAUGUUAAAGCCGAAGGAGAGCUCGAAGAAGGAGAGACGGUUGAUCUUCAUCACGGUGGUGAUAAUGAUAUGUCGCAACAGCCACAAAUUAUACAAAUCGAAGGUACCGAUGAAGCUGAUCAAAAUAUGGUAGUUGCUAGCAUGUUGCCGAUGACUUCCCUAAACAUGGACGAUCAAGCGACGUAUGUGGCCUUGGCUCAACUUACUCAAGCUGCAAUAGAAAGUGCGCCCAUGGACGAGUCUGGAAAUGUUAUUUUAAUGAGUUAUGAGGAUAUUCAACAAAGUAUGCAGGAGAUUCAAGCAGCGCAACAAGAACAAGAUGAGCAGCAGGAUAUUGGUUUGCACGACAUUCAAAUCGCACAACAACAUCAUCAACCGCCUACAGGACUGGUUCCAGAACAACAUAUGACGCAGCAACCUGAUAACGAAGGAGAAUUCGCACAGAUGGAUCAACAUCCUGUUAUUUCUGAACCUGAUCUAAACAUUCAACAAUCUAAUUUAAGUGUGGAAAAUUGAACCUUGUAAAAUAUUUUCCCCUGUUUUUAUAUUGUAUUACUCUCGCAGCUUGACACAAGUGAACUCAAUUUUUUUCACCAUUUUGUUUUUUCAUGCUGCGUUUUAUUUCAUCGAAUUAUUUAUUAGCAGAUAUAUGUAUAUGGUUUGUUUAAGUAUAUAUUAAAGAUUUUUAAAUUA